CCUACUCUCGACUCCGCUAUCCGAGCCCUGCUCGACCAGCAGGCCGAGAUCGAGGCCAGGCUUGCAGUCUUGCUACCUCAGAAGUAUGGUCCCAAUGUCAAGGUCGAGUUUGACAUGUUGCGUCACAAGCUCAGGACACUACGCGCCUUUGCUGAGGACAAUCAUAUAUCCGACAAGAUUCACGUCCUCUCAGAGAUCGAGGAUGCUAGGGCACUCCAGUAUCAGUGCGAAUGUAUUGAGAUGGCCUGUCUAGAUCAAGGUCUGGAUAUCAACGACCCAAGACACAAUGAGAAUCUCAAGCUAUAUUUCCGGGAGGGCGCACCAGACGGAUACGACGCGUGGCUGGAUCGAAACCUAUCGCAACAUGACCCGGUCGCCCGAGCUUGGAGGUCGAGAGACAGCCUCCGGUCGAAUUACAGAAACUCGCACUUCUUCAAGUGCUGGGAUGACCAGUGCCUACACUAUAUUUAUGGCUUCUCGAGCCAGGAGGAGCGGGACAACCAUGUGAAGGAGCACGCCGUAUUGCUGAAAAGAGACUCUGGCUUGUCGAUCAGCGACACGCCGACGCUGGUCACUCAAGAGCAACCCCCCCACCGUCGCGAUUACAGCAAUGAUUAUUCGAAACGAUCGCCUCCGUUGUACUUGCCGCGGCCCACUGGCAGUGCGCAACUGACCAAUUCUCAUGCGCAAGGCUUGUCUCGCGACCACAGGGAUUCCCUCAAGUCCUACUCUCUGGCUGCUGAGCCUUCGCCUCCCAAGAGGAACCUUCGAGGCUCAGUGGACUCAGAGGUCGAUCCUCUCUUGCCACCACUCAAGCGCAGCCGUGUGGGACAGUCAAGAUUGGAGUCCAUCGGCGAACUUCGAUUGCUACGUGAAGCUGGCUCGUGCCUCCGAUGCAGGAUAUCGAAGCAAGUGUGUGACUCAAACGAUCCGUGUUCUUCCUGCUGUGACGCAAAUCCUCCUGCUCCGGAUGAUUUCUGGAAUCAUCUUGGCUGCUACAGAGGCCCACUUGCUUCUCUCGCCGAGGCAUUGUUGCUCCCAGGUCCGUCCACCCCGGGUCACACAUGCACGCCACUUGCCUCCCCUCUCGCCCCACGAAGGAACAUGAACGAGUAUCUCGAGCAUAAUUACCGAUUGAACUUGGAAACCUCGCGAAUGGUGAAGAGACAACUUGAUUUCGACGAUGGUUUCUGGGUGACCGAAGACCUCCCCAGCUUCCCGCCGUAUAGUUCGUCCAUGUCCUCGUUCCAACGAGAACCUGUCGAGUGGGGUCCGCCGCUGCUAUCGGUAUUGGCUGGGAGCUGGAACAUGAGUGGGACGGCGUAUGAUUUCUGGCAGCUCCUUCGGCUGAGUGGAUUCAUCUCACCGCACCGGCAUGCCGAGACAGCAACGUAUCCUGUCCUGCAUCAUGCAAAGGUCCUGCUGAGGGAAGUUCUAUUCUACGACUUGCAACAACCCGAGCCGUCGAUACAUGCGCAGAGAAGUGCAUCUCAGCCACAGCUCCCCCCAGACGAGUCAAUGAGCUACGGACGCUAUCGACUAUUGUACAGCUGCAUGACGGAAUUCUUGGGGUCAUUCGAGAAUGCCACACUAAGAGAUGAUCAACUGAGCCCACGAAGCUGGCUUGCCGUCUUCAUUGCGCUCUGCAUCUUCAGCGUCGUCAAGACAGUCCUGGUCGACCUCGCACACUCCAGCCCAGGAGCAAGCCCGCCGAGCAUCUCUCAGGUGAACUCAGCCGUAACGACCAUGUCGAGUGUCUACAGCGCCUUAGUUGAUGCGCUCGCCGCCUCUUCGCCCAUGAUCCUGGAUGAUCCUCGCCUCGAGUUACAGGAAGAUGAAAGAGAUCUCUUCCGUUCCUUGGCGGUCCUCACUAGAAGGGAUUCUUGGGCAGAGCAAGGCAUCACCUCUACGAGAGACUAUCUCAUGCUUCUCGGACGAGGAAACAUGACUGGGCCUUUUGCCAAUGGUUUCAUCCGGCAGAGGACUGCGAACGAUCGGCACGGCUUGGUGGCGGCAUCCUCCUCAUCCAGACCAGCGGAGGAGAGUAGAAAACCCCUAACCGACAGGAAGCCCAUAAGCGACGCAUGGGCUCUAGCGGGGCUGUCUGAAAGAGACCCGUUCGCCGCCAGGCUUGCAGCCACAGACCGGCUGGUCCUAUCUCCACAAGACAUGAGCCCAGGCCGUAGGCAUACCGUUGCUGAGACCCCGUUCUUCCGAGCGAUAGGACGAGGUCCGACAUCUCCCAUCCCGGCACCGAGGAUUCGACUGGCUUACCAACGACCGCCUAUGCGCCGAGUACACUGCGGAAAGUGCAACGAAUACCCUGAAGGCUUCAGGGGCGAGCACGAGCUCAGGCGACAUCAUGAUGCCAAACACGCAACUCUCGUAAAGAGAUGGGUAUGCUGCGAGCCGCAAAGCCAUAGCCCUACCUCACCUCACCCCGUUGUCCCGCUCUCGAAAUGCAAGGCUUGUAUCACUCAGAAGCGAUAUGGCGCCUAUUACAAUGCGGCAGCUCAUCUGCGGAGGGCUCAUUUUAAUCCUCAUAGGAGUGGCAAGGCCAGCGGUGACUGGCCACCUAUGACAAUCCUGAAGGACUGGAUGAGGGAAGUGAGGCAGUCUGUGGACCUCCAAGAUCAGGAUUCAGACAGCGGCGAGGACGAAGCAGACUUCAGACCGCCAUCCGAUCUUGUCUCUCCGCAGAGCAGCCGCCGUUCACCACCACCACCACUUUUCGACGUACCAAGACUUGCGCCUGCCCCACCACCGCUUUCUCGUGGCCUCCACCCACAUCCGCUGGCUACACAAGUAUCUCCCUCCGUCCACAGUGCGGCGCCUCCCGAGGUCCAUCCCCUCUCGACGCCGACCCAAAUCACCUUUCAGACUAGCCCUGGUCCUCACUUGGUAUCAGCCUACGCCAGCGUGGCGAGCAGCACCAGGUCAGAUGAGUCGCCUGCUGCGUCCAAUCGAAAUCGAUGCCCACACCCACAAUGUGGCCGCGUCUUCAAAGACCUUGCCGCACACAUGCUUACGCACAUGGAGGAGAGGCCUGAGAAAUGCCCGAUCGAGACGUGCGAGUACCACACCAAAGGGUUCGCGAGGAAGUAUGACAAGAACCGUCAUGCUCUGACCCAUUACAAGGGAACCAUGGUCUGCCCCUUUUGCCCUGGAUCAGGGACGGCCUUUGAGAAAGCCUUCAAUCGUGCCGACGUGUUCAAGCGGCACCUCACCGCAGUGCACAACGUCGAGCAGACGCCGCCGAAUAGUCGCAAGCAGACCAGCAUGAGCAGCUCUGCACCUUCGUCGGCAAGGGAAGGCGGUGGUGUCGCCUCCCACGGCGCAGCAAACGCGAGGUGCUCCAUCUGCCAAAGUCAAUUCUCGACUGCGCAGGAGUUCUACGAGCAUCUGGACGACUGCGUCUUGAACGUCAUCGUCCCUUCUACGACGCCCCGGUCGGCCGUGUCUGCAUCCGGAGGUGGAGGGACUGCUACGACUAGUGGUGGCUCCGGAGGGACCAACACGACAACCAGCAGU